AUGCCCAGGCUCAAACCACCGGCAAUGGUCGGCAGGAGCAAUAUCGGACUCACUUCCCAGGGCGAUCGCAGGUCCCUCGACUGUAAUGUGGCAUGUGCCUUUGACCCGUGGAUCGUAGAUUGCCUAACUCGGGAUACACUGCGGCCAGAAGGUGAAGGCGCAGAUCAGGGACGAGAUGGAGAUGGCGACGAUGUUGAUCCACAAGACCACCUCCUGCCAGAAGGAGACGACGAUGCGCAGCAGGAAAAGGCCAAGGGAGAUCUUGGCCACGGUCAUGCCGACGACGACGAAGGUCUGCCCGAUCAUCUCCGUAUACACAGCGUGCACCGCCUCGUCGAUGGUCAUUUCAGACAUGUGCCUUCCGAACCCAGCAAAGGCGGUGAGCGUGAUGAAGAUCGUGUAGAGGAGCAUCAGGAUCUGGCCGUUCAUUCAUGA